UAUUCAAAACCUGCUUAGCUGGUUAAUACGCCAGCUUCACUGCUUGGGUUUCAUUUCCUUAUCACUUUCCAUACUUUCAUAACCUCAACUUAUUAGAGAUCCUUUACCCUUCUUUUAAUUAAUUAUCAUAAUCUUCCUUUUUCUCUCAAUUUUUUUUCUUAAAGCAAGAUCAUGAUUGGUGUGUAGCUGACUGUGUUUAGUUUGUAUUGAUCUUUGAUGAUAUUUCUUGUUUCCAUAUAUAAAAUCAAUGCUUUUCAAACCUCUAUUGGGGUUGGAUCUUUUUUUGUCAAUAUUGGAAGUAGUUACUUGACCAAUUAGUAUAAUACUAGUACUGUUUAGGUGAAAUCUCAUUUUAUAAACAACGACUAGUCAAGUCAAUGAGUUUGUCUUGUACAUUUCAUUUCAGUAAAAUGGAGAUAGAUAAGGUAGAAGACUCAGCAGCAUUGGGUGACUCCAGAGGAGACUUCGACUGCAACAUAUGUUUGGAUCAAGUACGUGACCCGGUCGUGACAUUAUGUGGCCACUUGUUUUGUUGGCCCUGCAUAUACAAGUGGACUUAUUCCACCAACAAUACAAGAAGACGUGUCGAUCAGUACGAUAAAAAGGAGUCCCCAAAAUGUCCGGUCUGCAAAUCUGAUGUCUCGGACGCUACGCUUGUCCCUAUCUACGGCCGGGGGCAGAAAAUACCCCAGUCCGGUUCAAACGUACCGAACAGACCAUCCGGUCCGCUUUAUGACUCAAGAGGAGUUGGUCAACGUUUAGGAGAAGGUGAGAGUCAACGGUACAUGUAUAGAAUGCCUGAUCCAGUGAUGGGUGUGGUAUGCGAAAUGGUAUAUCGGAGACUAUUUGGAGAGUCUUCUACGAACAUAACACCGUACCGUAGCGACCAUGACACAAGUCUACGGUCAAUGCGGCGGACAAUGCAGGUGGAUGAGUCGCUAAGCAGAGUCUACUUAUUCCUGCUUUGCUUCAUGGUUAUGUGUCUACUUCUCUUCUAGUUAUAAUGUCAUUUCGCCUAAUAAUGAGUGUGCAUAUUACUUAUAUACAUGGAUCUAACUAAAAGUGUAUAUAUCUCUGGUAUGUGUAUGUGUGUAAGAGUGUUGAAUCCUGAAACGCGUGAUGAGAAACAUAAUAAAGUCAAAAUCAAGAAACGGCACCAGUUGGCUUUUUGUAUAAUUUUGGAUGGUGAUAAAAAAGAGGCUUAUCUUCAA